AUGUCGAUACGCAUCGUCCUGGACAGCCCGCCCGAGUUCUACACCAACCUCGACAUCAUCCGCGGCCAGGUCGUGCUCUCGCUGAGCCGCCACGAACAUGUCGGCGCCGUCGUCGUCAAGCUCGAGGGCGAGUCGCGGACCGCCCUCGGCGUGCCGCCCGACAACCCGGGCCUGGGCAUCGCCUCAGACCCCCGCGACCGGCCCUCCGCCGGCGACACGCUCCACGAGAACCACAAGAUCUUGUACCGCCUCACCCAGGUCUUCCCCAACCCGAACGCCCCCGUCGGCCCGCCCCCCUACGUCCUCAACCCGGGCCAGCACCGCUUCCCGUUCGAGUUCAAGUUCCCGUUCAACAACAGCUGCAGCAACUCCGAGGCCAUGGCCCGCAUCGGUGGCGUCGUCGGCUCCGGCGGCAUCUUCGGCCCCGGCUUCCGCGUCAUGGACGGCACCAAGCAGCUGAUGUACUCGCACGUCACCAAGACCCUGCCGCCCAGCUUCACCGGCUUCCCGGGCGAGGCCGAGAUCCGCUACUACGUCAAGGUGACCGUCCAGAGGCCGGGCCUGUUCAAGGAGAACUGGCGGUACCAGCUGGGCCUGAAGUUCCUCCCCAUCGAGCCCCCCAGACCGCCCCCGACGAACCAGGAGGCCUACGCCCGCCGCCCCUUCGCCUUCCAUGCCCGGAGUUGCAGCCCGGCGCCGUACAAGAAGCGAUCGUCCUUCUUUGGGUGGCAGCCUGCCGGCGGGCCCUCAACACCCACGAACGGGAACCCCAAGCUCGCCCCGCCCGCCGACGGCUCGUCGCCCGGCGCAGCAGCCCAGCCGCCCUCCGUCGAGAUGUCCGCUCGGCUGCCCCACCCGGCCAUCCUCACCUGCAACAAGCCGAUACCGCUGCGCCUCAUCGCAAAGAAGCUGGUGCCCUCGCAGGCUGAGGUGUACCUAAUAGCCAUGCAAAUCGAUCUCGUCGGCAGGACCACCGUCCGCUGUCAUAGCCUCGUGAACACCGAGCUCAGCCGCUGGGUGAUUAUGGCGCGCCAAGGCCUCUCCGUGCUGGUAUCCAAGCCCGAUGAUCCCGUCGGGUGCGAGUGCGUCGUGCCAGACAGCCUGUGGAGCAGCUUACCGCUGCCCAACACCGUCAUGCCCAGCUUUGUCACAUGUAAUCUCAGCCGCGACUACCGGCUCGAAGUCAAGCUCGGCCUAGCCUGGGGCAAGCCGCCGCCCGCGAGCACGUCUCUGCUCGGGAACCGCAGCAGAAGAGACCUCGCUGAUCUCCCACAAGAACUCCACCUCCCCCUGACCUUCAGCAGAAUCGAGGUCUACUCCGGCAUGGCCCCGCCACCCGCCCUAGUCGAAGCCAUGCGCCAGGGCCGCGGCCGGACCUCACACCUCCGACCCCAACACCAACCAUCCCAACCGCCCCAGACCGGCCGCCCGCCCUCCGCGCCAGCGCCCACCCUCCCGCCGCGCCGCCCCGCGUCGUCCCAACCCGGCGCGCAGCAACAACCACCGGCCGACGACCCCGACGCCGCCCUGCUCUACCCGCCCCAGCUCCGCCCAGGCCAGGACCGCCCGCCCUACGACGACGCCCCGCCCACGUACGAGGAGGCCAUGGCCGAGGAGAUGACCGGCCCGCUGGUCAUGCCGCCCGCCUCCGCCCGCCCGGCCUACAGCGGCGUGACGGACGAGAACGGGCCGAGCAGCCUCGCCGGGCGGUCGGAGAAGAGCUAG